AUGGAGUACGACUACGACGUCUUCACCAUCGGCGGCGGCUCCGGCGGCGUCCGCGCCGCGCGCAUGAGCUCCACCGCGGGCGCGAAAGUCGGCCUCGUGGAGCUGCCGUACGCCGCGAUAUCCUCCGCGACCGCCGGCGGACUGGGCGGCACGUGCGUCAUUCGCGGAUGCGUGCCGAAGAAACUCCUCGUGUACGGCGCCGCGUUCGAGGCGGAAUUCCGCGACGCCGUCGGGUUCGGGUGGGACCACGGCGAGAGCGCGCCGACGUUCUCCUGGGAGCGGCUCAUCGCCGCGAAGACGACGGAGAUCGAGCGGCUGAACGGCAUCUACGGCCGCAUCCUCGACAACGCGGGCGUGGACAAAUUCGAAGGCGUCGGCAAGGUCACCGGCCCGCACGAGGUCACCGUCACCACCGUCGACGGCGUCGCGACCAAGUACAGCGCGAAGACGAUCCUCCUCGCCCCCGGCGGCAGGGCGUGGUACCCCUCGAUCCCCGGCGCGGACCUCGGGAUCACCUCCGACGAGGCGCUCGCGUUUGAGAAGCAACCGAAACGCGUCCUCGUGAUCGGCGGAGGGUACAUCGCCGUCGAGUUCGCGGGCAUCUUCGCGGGUUUGGGCUCCGACGUGGAGAUCAUGUACCGCGCGGACCUCCCGCUGCGAGGGUUCGACGAGGAGGUGCGGCAGACGGUCGCGAACAACCUCGAGGGCCGCGGGAUCGUCGUCCGCGACGGCGUCAACCCGUUGAAGAUAUCGAAGAACGACGACGGGUCUCUCUCCGUGGAGACGGACGCCGCGGGCGUGAUCGAGACCGACUGCGUGAUGUGGGCGACCGGCCGCGUCCCGAACACGGACCGCCCGGAUCUCGGCCUGAAGGAGAUCGGCGUCGAGCUCGACGCGAAGGGCGCGGUCGUCGUCGACGAGUACUCCAAGACCACCGUCGACUCCAUCUACGCGGUGGGAGACGUCACGAACCGGGUGAACCUCACCCCGGUGGCGCUCAUGGAGGGCAUGGCGUUCAAGGACACGGUCGUGCGCGGGAUUCCGACGAAGCCGGACUACGAGAACAUUCCGAGCGCGGUGUUCUGCCAGCCCCCGGUCGCGACCGUGGGGAUGACGGAGGCGCAGGCGAUCGCCGCGGGCCACACGUGCGACGUGUACACGUCGACGUUUACGCCGAUGAAAAUUUCCCUCGCCGGGAGAGUCGAGAAGGCGUUCAUGAAGCUCAUCGUGGACGUGGACACGGACAAGGUCAUCGGGUGCCACAUGGUCGGCCCGGACUCCGCGGAGAUCAUGCAAGGGUUGGGCAUCGCGCUGAAGUGCGGCGCGACGAAGAAGCAGUUCGACUCGUGCGUCGGGAUUCAUCCGUCGAGCGCGGAGGAGUUUGUCACGAUGCGGGACGCGACGAGGCGGGUGGGGCCCAACGCGGAGAAGAAGUGAAAGCGAAGCGACGCGAUGUUUUUGAAGCGCGACGCGACGCGACGCGACGCGACUGACGCGACGCCGUCGAAAGGCGCGGCGUCGCGUCGGUCGACGACGCGGCGAUGUCAUACAGAAGUACUUUCGUACUCGCGCGCGCGCUCCGCGAUUAAUACCUUCAUCGCUCGUCCAGGAUCUUGCCCGCGCGGAGGUCGUACCGCGCGUCGCUGUCGCGCAGCCCGUCGUCGCGGAACUUCCCGGACGCGACCGCGGAGGCGAACGGCCCCCAGACCGAUUCGGCGCGCGCGGCUCCCUCGGGUUUCCCCCCUCCCUCCGCUUCGCCGUUUGCGUUCACUUUCACUCUCACGCGGAAACGCAUCUCGAUCGAGCACCGCGCGCGGUGAAACGGCUGCCGCCCUUUCUUGUCCGUGUUUCUCAGCGCUUUCGUGUCCGCCUCGUCCUCGUCCCACGUCCCGGCGCCGUGCCACAGGUCGAACGAGUCGAACACCAUCGCGGGGCCCGUCACGAACGCGUGCGCGUCCGACGGCGACAACUCUGGGAACUCAAACGUUUCCAACUCUUCCUCCGUGAACGCUUCUCCUCCUUCUUUACCUCCUCCCUCUUUUCCUCCUUCUCCGCCGCCGCUGCCUUGCCACAGCGGCCGAAGCAGCCGGUUCGUCCCCGGGAUCCACGUCUUCGGAUCCAACGGGUUGAUCCCGCGGACGUUGUACUCUUUCUCCGCGGCGUCUUCACGCAUCUCCAACUUUCUCUUCACGAACCCCCACUCUCUCUCGCCGCCGUCCCGGGGUAAACACACGAGCAACGGCGACUGCCAGACUUGCCCGCUCGGGUCGAUCGCGCUCCGCGCGAUCCACACGUUCACGAAGCGGUACGCGUACGUCUCGCGUUCUGGCAUCGCCAGCUCCGUCCACCCCGGCC